AUGACGUACUAUAAAAGACGACCUGACUUUGACGUCACCCUACGGUCCGAUCUGGCACAAGACCUCGAUAUCCAGAUCAUCGAGGUGUCAAGACAAAACGGAAAAAGAUGGCUGUACGUGAACACAUACAACGAAGGCGGACAUCGGCCAGCCGCGGCAGAACGACUCAUAAACAUCAACCUCCCCCAAGACAUCCCAAUCGUAUUCACCGGGGACUGGAACCUCCACCAUGAGUUGUGGUCGUGCCCCAAUAAGAACGGAAACCGCCGAUCCAAUAACUUCGUUGAGUGGAUGACGGAGAGCGACGCAGGACCACAGUGUGUCCUGGUCAACAAGAAGGGCGGGGUAACCUUCACUCCACAUAACGCAACAAGCUCAAGCUCCGUGUUAGACUUGAUGUUCAUCAAUGGUCGAGCAGUAAACGACGACACAAUCCAAGAAUGGACAAUUGACAGAUCUAUGUCGUACGGUUCCGACCACCACGGCAUCCGAUGGUCAACAGACGACGGAAGGGAGGAGAUCGAGAACAUUACCGGGGUACAAUACAACAUGAAAGAAGUCGACCCCAUGGAUUGGACAUCGGCUUUCCGGCAGGAACUAGACGCCCGACGACUGGACAUCGACACGAUCCUGAACCCGGUCCAACAGGUAUCAAACGAGCAACUAGAGAGAGCCGCAACAGCCCUCACCAAAGCGAUGCAAGCAGCAACAGCCCGGGUGGCCAAACCGAAACGACAAUCGAAGAAAGCCAAACCAUGGUGGAACGACAACCUCCGAAACGCAGCCAACAACCUCAGCAACGCACAACUGGAACUGAAGACAUACGAAGAGGGACAUGGAGUGCGCUCCGCUGCUCUGAGGAGGAAGGUCAAAAAGAUGAGUAACUUCUUUAAGCGCCUAUGCAGGGCUACCAAAGCGAAAUGGGCAGUCGAAAAACUUCAAGAGGCAACCUCAUCCGACAUUUGGGGAUUCCGGAAAUGGUCUACGGGUGUACGCAACUACCCAUCACCUGCAAUCAAGAGGCAAGGACAGGCACCUGCAGUAACGCACGCAGAGAAAUGUGAGGCUUUACGGAAAGCCUUGUUCCAGCCACCUCCCCCAUUGGAAGAUGAGUAUAACCCAAAUGUAUCGGACAAACUGCCAGGCGACCUCGAUUUCCAGGACGUAACAACAGAAGAAGAAGCUCACAAAUAA